AGAGGCGCUCCUUACCAAACUGAAAAAUAGGAGGUCAAAUCAUGACGUCGUGAUUUUCAGGUCGGAAAGCCGGAGCUGAAGAAAGAGGCCCGAGUUCCCAAAUUGAAAUUCCGAGUUGGAUGACCGUUCAAAUGUAUUUUUUUCAGUCGGAGCUCGUUUUUUUCCGAGGUCCCAGUUGUUUUAACUCACUGAAGUCGGAAGUCUGACAUUUCCGUGUUCUCAGUUGUUUGAACGCGGCAUUAGUCAAUUGAAAAGUAUGAAGCUUUGACGUCACACCACAAUUUUCCCCAGUCGGAUUAAAGAUGGCGCCGCAUCAUGUUCUAAAGUGCUGUCAGCGGAGUUUAUCUUGGAUACCUGUUAUUUUCAUAAACCUUGUCGUUGGCUGGUCUUAUUAUGCAUACGUCGUUGAACUCUGUAUCUUAACAAUCCCAAAUAAUGCAGAAAAAAUAUCAUACCUAGUUGUCUUUCACCUGUUCUUCAUUAUGUUCAUCUGGUCCUACUGGAAGACUAUCUGCAGCAGGCCCGCCAACCCCUCUAAAGAGUUUUGUCUGCCCAAAGUGGAGAAAGAGCAGUAUGAGAAGGAGGAACAUCCAGACACUCAGCAGGAGAUCCUGAAGAAGGUGGUGGUAGGAUUGCCUGUCUAUACACGCACUGGGACAGGAGCCGUCCGGUACUGUGACCGCUGUCUGGUGAUCAAACCCGACCGCUGCCACCACUGCUCAACCUGUGACAUGUGUGUACUGAAGAUGGACCAUCACUGUCCAUGGGUGAAUAACUGUGUUGGAUUUUCAAACUACAAGUUCUUUGUCUUGUUUCUGGCCUACUCCAUGCUGUAUUGUGCAUUCAUCGCCGCUACCGUCCUGCAGUAUUUCAUCAAAUUCUGGACACUUUGCCGAUGGAGAUCUGUUGGGGAUUGUCCUCAGAAUCAGCUGCCUGACACUCACGCCAAAUUCCACGUGUUGUUUCUUUUUUUUGUGGCGGCCAUGUUUUUCAUCAGCAUCCUGUCGCUUUUCAGCUACCAUCUCUGGCUUGUGGGAAAGAACAGGACCACCAUAGAGGCUUUCAGGGCUCCUGUCUUCAGAAAUGGCCCAGACAAGAAUGGCUUCUCUCUGGGAUUCAGUAGGAACAUGGCUGAGGUCUUUGGAGACCAGAAGAAGUACUGGAUGUUUCCCAUCUACACCAGUCACGGUGAUGGUAACAGUUUUGUCACCCGGUUGGUGAACUUAGAUCCUGAGCAGAUAGCUGUGGGCCUCCAGAUCAACGGCAAAAGCUCUGUAGAUUGUGCUGCAAGCCCCAAGCAUGUCCUUGGCGACACCAUCAACCACAUUGAGGACCAUCAGGAUGGCAGCUUCGACAAAACAGAUGUAGCCGAGACAGUCACAGUCACCAUAGAGAGCGAGUCAUAGACAGGUAAGAUAUGGAUGACUCCCGCUGAAGUGUGCGCGUUUCCUACAGAGCUUAGGGAUGAAACUGAUGACCACCCAUGAUCUUUGAUUACCGAGUUGGCUCAAAUCUGCCAAGAGACAACUGAGCCAUCAACUGUGAUGCCUUACAACCAGCAGAAUCUAAACAAAAAACACCCCUUAUCACUUGCAGCACCCCUACUACCAUGGACAAAUGUCAAGUAACAGCUCUUGUAUGGACAUAUUUUCUAUUGCCAUUCUUACAUCCGCCAAACAGCAUUCCUGGUAUGAUGGACACAACCUGGACUGUCAUGGACGCUACAUCUUACAUCAGCCGUCUAAGUCCUCACCAAGCACAUACUCUCUGACACUUCAUCUUUGUUUUUAACCAAAGCUUUUUUUUGUAACUAUGAUUAAUCUCUGGGACUACUCUGUUAUUCAAGCCAAAAAAAGUAGACUCUUUGCACUAGCUUAGAUUAUUUCAGGAAAAGUGCAGGAAAAUAAUUGCUUUAUACUUAUACACCUCAGUCGAAUUAGUAUUCACUUUCUUUAUUGGUAAGUGUUUACUGUUUCCCCAGAAACUCAGUUACUGGCUUUGAUUGGGUUAAGCCCAGGGAAUACAAUGUUCAGGGCCUCAAGACACAACGUCUCAGUUGACUGUAGUGUGUGUACUGUAUGCACUUUACAUUUGAACCCUGUGGAGGGCGCUAAGCAUAUCCAUUGAUUUCAACAGGCCAUACAGUCUUACAGUAGGUUUGCAUGAAAAAAGGCUUUGUAGGAGGACCCUAUGCCAAAUCCUUUCCAGCUCAACAUCGUAAUUUAAAGCUAGAACACUUAGUUUUUGGGAUUAGAAAUUAAUGAUAUCCAUUGAUUCUUGAAUAUAACCUAUAAAUGACUCGUGAGCUUAGUUCAACUGUCAUACAUACCCCCUACAGAUUUAUUUUUUACUAUGUUUGUAAACAACAAAUGUAAAUGCACUAUAGCUUCAGAAAAUGGUUAACUAUCCUUUUUAUAUUUUUGACGAUAAGUCCUUGCAUCCAUAGCUCUGUCUAUAAAUUUGAGUGGUUACAUUUCUCCAGGCCCAUCCCUCAGCUUUUUACCAAAACUGAGGCGGGGUAACACUUUGUCAUUGUUUCAACUGCUGAUUCUAGCUUUUAAAUGUGCCUGCAGUUAAGUUGUUCAGAUUUAUUAUGAUUUUUUUUCUGUUGUAUGGAAGGACAAAGGUUAAGUACAGUGCCAUAGUAAAUGGUUCACCUUAGCAUGGUGUAAUUACUUUAAAAUUUCUGUUUGCAAUUUUAAACAGUUGAUUUUUGCUAAUACACAUUUGAAGUGUCACACACAUGACCCUAAUGACGCAGGGCCAAAUCCUAACUCUAGAUGCAUGUUUUGCAAAAUUGUGAUCUACAGUACCGGUCAAAAAUUUGGACACACCUACUCAUUCCAGGGUUUUUCUUUAUUUUUACUAUUCUCUACAUUGUAGCACAACAGUGAAGACAUCAAAACUAUAAAAUAACACAUGGAAUC